GAGCAUGGAAGGGCAUCACUCUGCACAUUCCUCUCUGUAGCUCUCACUAACGGUCAGGAGAAGAGCUUCAGCUCAGCUGAAAGAUGGGCAAGCAGAAGAUUUUCCUGGAUAAGCUGUCCCGUAGCUUGCAGAUUCGCAACAAGCUGCUGCGUCAAGGACUUGCAGAAUGCUUGGGCACCCUCAUCCUGGUGAUGUUUGGCUGUGGUUCGGUGGCUCAGCUAAAGCUUAGCGACGAAAAGCACGGCAUCUUCCUAGGUGUGAACUUAGCCUUCGGAUUCGCGGCCACUCUCGGAAUCCUGGUGUGUGGACAGGUCUCAGGAGGCCAUCUAAACCCAGCUGUCACCUUUGCCCUCUGCCUCCUUGGGAGGGAAAAAUGGAGGAAGUUCCCUGUGUACUUUCUCUUCCAGACCCUUGGUGCCUUUUUGGGUGCUGGUAUCAUCUUUGGCAUGUACCAUGAUGCUCUGGUGACAUAUGAACACACACAUAAAGAAUUACCUGUUGGAAUUUUCGCUACCUACCCCGGCGAGCAUCUGAGUAUUGUCAAUGGAUUUUUUGAUCAGCUGAUCGGCACAGCUGCACUGAUAGUUUGUGUCCUGGCCAUCGUGGACCCCUUCAACAACCCCAUCCCACAAGGACUUGAGGCUUUCACUGUGGGGUUCACUGUACUUGUCAUUGGUCUAUCCAUGGGCUUCAACUCUGGUUAUGCUGUAAACCCAGCCAGAGACCUGGGACCUCGGCUUUUUACUGCCAUUGCAGGCUGGGGCUAUGAAGUCUUUGUUAAAGGGAACUGCUGGUUCCUGGUGCCCAUCUUUGCCCCGUUCCUGGGUACCAUCGUCGGAGUCAUUGUGUACCAGCUGAUGGUGGGCUGGCAUGUGGAGGGCGAGGUGCGAGACAAAAAGAAGACAACCGAGGACAAUGUGAAACUGAAUGAUGUGAAUGACAUCACGGCUCCCUGAACUGUGCCAACCAAUCCUACCAGUGCUUUCCUCAGUAAGCUGUAAAGAAUGAUACCUGCCUUCGACCAUCUCAUAAAGAAUUUAGAUAUCAAACGCGGCUCCUGAAACAGCUGCAAAUAAAUGUGUAAACACAGCACGAUGCUUUCGCAGCAGUGCUGUCUAUGCUGACAUAUUGUUUGUUCAUAUAUCGAUUGUAUUCUCUACAUAUUAAUCUACACAACAUUCUGACAUAAAGGGAAACGGUCUCUCUCCAUCAGCGCGAAUUAUAUUAAUUCUGAAACAGAAAGAGGUGAUUGGAGCAGAAAGUCAAAUGACAUCUUCCCACAAAUACUGUAUAUGUAUAUGCAGUAUUUCCUGUUUUUUACCAUUUAGUUUAGUCUUUUUUUCUAUUGUAAAUAUGCUGACAUUGCUUUUGUACUUAAGGUUAUGGAGGUUUACACAGAUGUACACAUACAGGCUACAUAGUUGCUAUAAUUUUCAUUGUUGUAAGUAAUUUUAUAUAAAUAUAUAUAUAUCGCUGCUGUCAGAACAAAACCUUGUAUUUUUUGUCAUUUUUCAGUUUUUGAGGUGAUUUGAAAAUGC